UUGGAACCGCUACAAAGGCUUUACCCAGGAUUAGCCAGGUGUAGUGCGCGAGCUGACGUUUGAGACGCGCUAUCUGGGAGGUCGAGGUGCUCGCGCCCAGCCUCGCGCCACACAAUCGGUUCACGUACCGUCGCUGUUUCUGCUCCGUCGGCAGUUUCGCGAUUUAGAAACAGGCAUGCGGUAGCACAUUUGCACAAAAGAAAAGGAAAAACGAAAAGAAAUUCCCACACCGGAGGAUGCGUGCUGGCAUGUCAUGUCGUGCGUGGAGCUCGCGCUGGUGAAGGAGUGCCUCUGUGAGAGCACAUGAACCGAACACCAUGUCGGAGCAGGCUUAUGGCUUGACUUUAUCCACUGCACCUCCACUUCGCAGAGGAAGCACCCCGCUACCUAUCAAGCACCUGUUAAGGCGAGAGGAAGCCGUCUCUGAGGAUUAUGAUUGGAUGCCGGGGCUCGAUGAGCCUUCUGCUCCAUCCUUUGGCACUAGUGACGCUCAAGAUGCACCGCUCCUUCUUAAGGCUCCAGAGCAAAAGUACCGUGGGCCACUGCGGAUUGUCCUGUUAGGGCAGAACGGAGUGGGCAAAUCGUCACUGGCCCUCUCUCUCGCUGGUCUGUCUGACAGAUCACUUUCAGUAGACUCUGAAACACAAGCAAGCGAUGAAGGAUAUCUGCGAAGGGUGACGGUAGAUGACGAGGAUAGCUCAAUCUUGGUGUAUGACAACUGGAAACAGGAGCUCUCCAUGCUACAGUGUGAGGUGUGCAUACUGGUGUUCUCGUUGACGGACCGCCAUAGUUUCCACCGUGUGUCUCAGCUGCGCUUGCUCCUGAGGGAGAGCCACCCCAACACUCCCAUCAUCCUCGUGGGCAACAAGAGCGACCUAGUGCGCUCCCGUGAGAUCAGCACAGAGGAAGCCCACUCCAACGCCAUGAUGUUCGACUGCGUGUACCUGGAGCUCUCAUUCUCUCUGGAUCACGGCACUAAUGAGCUCCUGGAGACGGCGGUGAGGGCUGCCAGGGGCCACAGCCUGGGACCUGGCUGGACCGAGGGAUCCCCCGGAGGUGGCCGUCGUCAAAGCCUUACCAGCAGGGCCAAGCGUUUCCUGUCAGGCCUGGUACCGCGCUCACACCAUGGCCGCGAGCGCAUCCGUGAGCAAGAGCGACACAAAGGCUGCCGAAUGCUGCGGCAGAAAUCUCGCUCCUGUCAUGACCUCAGUGCCCUGAUGUAGAAGGGAAAGAUUAGUAACUAUAGACAGAAAAUGAAACCAGAAAUCAAUUUUGUCAGGUUAAAUCCAUGAAAACAUUGUUUGUUUUGGCAUCAUUCAGUCCCCGCUGAAACUAUUAGAAUGCAAAGGCCAGUUCAUUUGAUUGCGCUAUACACCAAAGACAUUUGGGUUAGAGAUCAAAAGAUGGAUAUGAGACAGGAGUUUAGGAUUUGAGCUUUUAUUUCCUGGUAUUUACAUCUAGAUGUGUUAAACAACAUAAAACAUAGAAUAUCAGACCACCCGAUUUUUAGGUGAGCAAAAGUAUAGAAACAAAACAUUGAAGUAAAUAACACUUAAAAUAUAGUUGCAUAUCCCUUGCUUGCAAUAACUGUAUCAAGACUGUGACUUGUUUUCAGGAGGUGAAAUGUUGCUCAGUUGGGUUAAGGUCCGGUGAUUGACUUGGCCAGUCUAAAACCUUCCACUUCCACUCAAUGUUUCAUUCUAUGUUAUGUAAUACAUUUACAUAUAAAUACCAGGAAAGAAAAGCUGAAAUUCUGAACUCGCUAAUCUCAAACCCAGUCUUAAGUGUACAGCAAAAACAAUAGGAAUUGGCUUUUCCUAUUGGCCAGUAGUUUCAGAAUGGACUGUAUAUACGGUAUAUCAUACACGUGGCGGUCUGGGAAAACCCUUUGGCUAUCGCUGUAGCUAAAUUCUGGAAACCCAAAAAUGCUGAAAAUAUACUUUGACAGCUUUACCUUACCAGGUGUCCUCAUCAAAACAGAGAAGCACUUACACACUUUGUACAAAUGACAGCAGACAAACGUUUUUAAACAUGUUUAAAUGACCUAUAAAAAAGGCAUUAAUAACAACGUGAUUUAGUUUUAGCCAACAGAACUGACAAAUGCAGCUCAUGAUUUUUCUUUUUUAAACCUCAGGCAAUAUGAGAGAGAUGUGGAUGAUGCUGAUAAUCAAAGUGAGAACUGAUUUCUGAUUGUAAACUUAUAGUUCUGUAAAAUUUGGCAGCAGUGUUGUGUUUUUCUAUCAGUAGAUUAGGCUAUAACAGUAUAAGUACAUGGGCGUGGCGUCUUUCAGUGGAAUUGGAAUGAAAGCUUUAAAUGCGAUGUUCUCCCUUUCCAAUUUUGGAGGGCUUUCAAAUAUGGUACCUUUCCGUCUUGUUUGAGAUGUGUGCAAAUAAAACAGUUCAGGAAAGUCUGGAAAAAAUUGUUAAGGGUUUUCCCAAGCUGCUACACUUAUAUAAUGACAGACAUAGAAGUUGAACAGAGGAAGUUUACUGAAGACUUUAUCAUUUUUGUUGUUUCAUAAAUCAAUACUUAAGACGAAGAAGGAAAGAAAAAAUAUCUCCUUAUCACACACUUACACAGGCAGUUGUAGUGUAGCUCCUUAAGAAGCUUUAUGCUGAAAUUAAUCUUGAAAUGUAAGACAGUAUUAUAAUUAGUGCAUGGAGAUGUAGAGUUUUCAUAUAGUAGUACCCCCCCACCCCCCAAAAAAAGACCCAAUAUCAGUCUUUAAAAAAAUGAUUUUUUCUGCCCUUAAGAAUGUGGGGCAUCAUAAAUAAACAUAUCUCAAUCUUUUUGACUAGGUAUAUAUUAAGACAUCUAUAGAAUGUAGAAUUGUAGGAAUUAUGAGCCCUUUAAUAUUUGGGAUUCUCUUCUCCUGAAUAUUCUUAAAUGAACGUUUCACUCAUACAGUACAUGGACACCAUUUCUUUCGUUUUAAGGACAUGUUAAUAGAUAGCUGAAUGAUGAAAGAGAUAUAUGAUUUACCGCAUGAGAUUGUGGAAAUACUUUGGCGAUAAUUUCACUUCAGUCCUUCAGUUUGACACGUUGAAUUUAGCCACUAACUUAUUUGCACUAAAAGUAAAUGAACAGCACAGGCAGACAGACAAAUCUCUGAGAGAAAUACUUUUUUUUUUACUCUCUCUCUUUCUCACUUACACGCACAGUCUCGCUUUACCCCCAAGACUGCAACUAAAUGUAUGCCUGAACGAUUGCUUGCACUUGAACCACAUUCCACACAGACAUAGAUUAUAGCCAUGUGCAGAGAGCAACAAGCUCAUAUAUAUAUAUAUAUAUAUAUAUAUAUAUAUAAUGUAUGUGUGUGUAUGUGUAUAUUUGUGUGUGUGUGUGUGUGUGUGUGUGUGUGUGUAUAUAUAUAUAUAUAUAUAUAAUGUCUUUUUUGACUACAUAUACAGUAAAGAAGCAAUACUAUGGAAGUCCUACGUCUUUAUCCACAGUCUUACACUGUGUUUCAAUACUGUUUAAACACACCCAUGUCCACUUUUGUGACUCGAUUGAUCAUGUCUUGCCACUUGCAGUACAAAGAAUAUCUUAAAUUGGCUGCAAGCACAAUGUAGUGCUGAACAAUGCACACCAAGUCAUAUUAGCUUGCUAACUAGCUACACAAGGGCCAUAUUCGGAAUCGCUGACAUAAGUUCAAAAGCAGUGUCAGUAUUUAUUUAGUGCCCCAUUCAGUUUAUUAAAAUCAUGCAGUUCAUGCCUCCCAGGUUGCUAGAUUUUCAUCUUUGAGUAGAUGCGCCAAUGGAUUAUUUUAACAGCAUCUAAACCCCCGACUUAAACACAACAACUUGUCUUUACACCCCCCAAGACAAAAAGAAACUAAGCUAGCUAUAUGCACAUACACUCAAUAAAUAUCUGUAAUUGCCAGAGAUGGUGUAGUUGGCUAUAUUAUUCCUGAUUUAAAUGCAGCAAACAUUUAAAUUGCUUUCCUAAACUGCUUUAUCAGCCAUUUGAUACUGCUUUAAAAGAAAAAAAUAUCUAAUGAAUUUCACUUGCGCUAAUAAUGUAUGUGAAAUGGAGGAGGAAAAGAAAUCACCCAAAGGAUAAUAACAAAGGGAUGUUAAUGAGAAUUAAUGCAACAAAAACACUGUUUAAGUGCAGUGAAGUAGUCUUCAACCACAUUUUUCAUCAGUACAGCACAAUGUCAUUCAGUUCAUUUCUAAUUUAGGGUUCCUUGGUGAAAAUGAGACUUUAGAGCAGGGGUCAUCAAUUGAUGGUCUGGAUGUGGACAACAAAGUAUUUCAAUGGAUCGAAUCAAAUACUUGGAAAAAUAUUGUAGCAGAGUUGAUAACCAUAUGAAUAAAAAUCAUCUAGUUUUCCAAACAUGAACUUGCUCCUGAACUGCAGCAGAUCCUCUCUUACAGUUAAUCCAAUCACAUGAUGUUAUGUAAAUUAUUUUUAAUAGCUUAAGGCAAACCAGAGACUAGCUAUGGAACUAGAGCUCAGAAAGUAAAACCCUCUAUGAUCUAAUUAGCAAUCUGUUUUUAGAAAAAAAAAAAAAAAAAACAACAACAAUGUUUAAAGACCCGUUUUAAGCAAGGAAUUUUACAUAAGCAGACCUUUACAAAUUUUAGCCGAAUAUCCCUGGCAAACUAUUUAGUACAUGUCAUCCUAUUGUUUUAUGUCCUUACAUUUAAACGCUUCCCUUUUUCUACAUGAUCGUACUUGAAUUGAUCUCGAGGAGCAUUGUUGUGGGGGCUGGCCACACACGCUGAUGCAACACCAAAACGUUCUGGAAACGUUACUCUGAAGUCAACAUCGCAGUGUCAUUUCAUUGUCAAGUCAUGCAUUAUUCGCUGUUGAUGAACGUUGCUCAAAGUCUUUUGGGGGACAAAAAGGGAAAAUAAAGAUAAUUUGUACUCCUUUU